GUCGGGGAGGCGGUCAACCCAAUCCUUCUUAUCCGGACGGAUGAGCCUACGAAGCAUCAUUUGAGCGGUUUGAUGUGCCCGCUCCGUUUGCCCGUCCGUUUGUGGAUGUCGAGCCGAACUUGGUUUCAUCUUGGUGUCGGAUUCCUGCAUGAGAGAAGUCCAGAAUGCCGACAUGAAACGAGUGUCGCGGUCGCUGACGAUGUCUUCCGGAAUGCCGCGGCUGCAAAUCCAGCCGGUGUGCAAGAGGUGCGCAAGUUCGGGAGCCGUGGCGUAGUACUUGCAAGGGAGAAAUCGCGCGUAUUUACUCAAUCGGUCAACGACCGUGAGGAUGCCGUCGUGCCCGAGGUGGUCGCAGGGAAACGGACCGGUGACGUCCAUAGCAAUGGAGAGGUCGGGUUCCCGUGGAAUAGGCAUCGGGCGCAACUCGCCGUAGGGAUUGCGGUUGCGGGGCUUGCUUCGUUGACAAACUUCGCAAGAGUCGCAGUACCGAGUGACAUCGGUAAUGAGGUCGGGCCAUCGGAAUCGUUGUCGAAGUCGUGCAAUAGUGCGAUUUACUCCGAAAUGGCCGGCGAGUCGCGAGUCGUGGUACUCGCCGAGAAGGUGAGUCCGAAGACGACGGUCUCAUUCGGAAACUUGAAGGGUGGUGCAAAGGACAUCAAGAUUCAUCCUUGGUUUGCUGGAGUUGAUUGGGAAGCAGUUGAGAGCAGGAGUUUGCCAGCACCUAUAAAGCCUAAUGUUACGGUAUACCAUCGGACAUCCUUCAGCAUAUCCUCGGACAUCCUUCACUAUGCUGAUGACACUUGACGACUUUCACUUUCACCCUUCCAUGAGCAAUUAAAAGAUGUUUUGUCUUCAGCCUCAACUUCCAGGGAUGGCUAUUUUUAACCACAAAAACAGUUCGAUUGAUUUUUUUCAAUGAAUCCAAAGCUCAUAC